CAGGUAAGACCACUGUUAUCGACUACGAGCUGCAUAAUGAUCUACUUCUACACCGAGGUCGAGUCUAUGUCCCCGACAGUGGGCAAUUGCGCGAACAGAUCUUGCAGCACUUCCAUGACUCUAAGGUUGGAGGUCACUCGGGCAUCUAUCGCACGUGGAUGAGAAUAGCCAACACCUUCUUCUGGCCCGGGCAACAGAGUACCGUUCAUAAUUACAUAGCUCGAUGCGAUGACUGCCAACGCACUAAGUCUGAUUCACGACGGCCGAGUGGGCUAUUGCAACCAUUACCAGUACCCGAGGCAAUUUGGGAAGACAUCACCAUGGAUUUCAUCGAAGGGCUACCAAAUUCUAAUGGGUUUGACGGUGUUAUGGUUGUGGUGGAUCGUCUCACGAAGUAUGCUCACUUCAUACCCAUUACCCAUCCUUACACCGCAAGGUCGAUUGCCAGGUUAUUCGUGGAGUAUGUGAUGAAAUUGCAUGGGGCACCUCGAUCCAUCGUCUCUGAUCGAGACCGGAUUUUUAUGAGCAGCUUUUGGUCUGAAUUUUUUAAGCUCCAGGGGACCAAGUUAUCUAUGAGCUCAGCAUACCACCCGCAGACGGAUGGACAAACCGAGGUCACUAACCGAACACUCGAGCAGUACUUAAGGUGCUAUGUCCACCAAUUCCCGAAGAGGUGGGAAAACUUUUUACCAUGGGCUGAAUAUUGGUACAACACCACUUACCACGAGUCGACCAAGAUGACACCAUUCGAAUUGGUCUAUGGGCGAAAACCCCCAACAUUGGUCAACUAUUCAGAGGGGAAUACAGUCAACGAUGAGGUUGGUUGUGAACUAGAGGAACGAGACUUGAUGUUACGUGAGCUGAAAAGAAAACUCGAAGGCUCAAUCAACCGAACCAAAGCCUUCGCAGACGGAAAAAGGCGAGAGGAAAAUUUUGCGCCAGGCGAAUAUGUCUACUUGAAGCUACGACCAUUCAGACAGCGUACGACAGCGCAAAGGGCCGCGACUAAGUUGGGAGUCCGCAAUUAUGGGCAUUAUCAGAUUCUAAAGCGCAUUGGUCAAGUAGCUUAUCGCGUUGAGUUACCAGAAAGCUCACAAAUUCAUCCAGUUAUCCAUGUCUCGCAACUCAAGAGGAGUUUAGGCGAAGCGCAGAAGUACUGUGAGGAGUUGCCAACCACCGCAGCUGACGGCAGGGCUAUCAUACGCCCCAGACAAGCCAUUGAGUACCGCAAAGUAAAAAGAGCGGGGCGCUAUCGUUGGGAAGUACUUGUUGACUGGGAAGA